GGAUGAGACCCCAUCAUCUCUGCCAGGUGUCCAUCCUCAUCUCCUUAGCAGGGGGUUGUUCCCCCGCUCGCUUCUGGCAGCUCUGGAGUGCAGCAACCUGCAUCCAGCAGGAAAGGGUCUUUAUUUUAGCUUUUUAAGUAGUAAAGAGUGAUUAAACCUAUAUAUGUAAACCUAUAGAAUAAGUAACUGAACUCCCCGAGGUGGAGCCCUGUAGCUCCGUGAUGGCCAGGGCUUACCCCAGAGCCGUGGGAUGCUCAGGUGUACCCACACAGUCAGCAUUUUGGGGCUGUAGGAAGGCACUUGGGUCCCACCCUGUGUUUUUUCUGCUGCAAUGAUUAAAAAAGAAAUAAGGGGAGAGGAGAGGAUGGAGGCAGUGCUGGCCUGAAUCGGGUUCUGGCUCUGGAGCACAUUAAAACCAACAGUGCCGUGGGAAGGCAGAAGCAGCCCAGAUUUAUCCUGGGGACCUGCCACCAUGGAAAGACUCAUUGUACCUGAGCUGACUCGCUGUUGCCAGUUUCAAACUGGCAGCCUGGUCACGGGUGAAUGUUUUGUUAAGGCUCACAUGCCAACGAGGGGCUGUUCUCCCCUAUUGUAAAUCUCUGGCCGGGUUAUUGUGUGCCUGGGAUACCACGGACUGAGGAAACGGAGCUGCCUCUCCAUGAAGAGGGCAAUUAAGAUUCCUUUGAAGUGACUCGCAGGGCUCUUAAAAUAGGAUAAAUGUGGGUAUCAGUGCACGGGUGGGCUGGCUCUGUGCCCUCCGUGGGGCUGUGCCCGGUGUCCAGCGGGAUUGAUUUUUGCAGUGCUGUGUCCUCGUGAUCCUCUGCCUCCCCUCAGCCUGCUGCACUUGCAGCCCCUGCUCUUGCCAUUGCUCUGCCCUGCUGGUUUUGGCAUCCCUUGUCCUCUCCCAGCAUCCCUGGUCCCCUUUCGGUAUCCCCCCCGGAAUCCCCAUCCCCAUGCAGCAUCCCUUGGAGGGGGCUCAAAUCCAGACCCUGCUGCCUUCUGGGCUUGUGACGGCGGUUGUUGUAAUCCCACAAGGAUUUUUCUCCCCGCUGUGGAUCUCAGUUUUCUUCCCAGCUUGGAAAAAACAAUUCCCCGAGCACCUGGAGCUCACAGCAGCCGGGGUGAGGAAGGUUUGGGAUGCCAGGCUGGGGAUUUGGGUGCCUUUGAUGGUCUGCCAAGCGCAGGCAGUGCCUGGAGUUGGCUGGAUCCUUUGCUUCCCUGCAGGAUCGCCCCCGGCCGCCUCCCAGGUCGUGCUCAGGCUCUGGCACGCGGUGGCUGUGCCGGGGCAGGGCCGUGCCGGCGUGGGGGGCACGUUGGCAUCUGCCGGGGCUCCUGCGGCAAUCCCAGCCCUACCACAGGCAGAGAUCCCGUGGGAGGGGGGCUUGGAAAAUCCCAGGGCUGUAAACUGCUUCCUUGGGGGUCGAUCCUGGUUGUUGUCCCCAGUGGAAUGUAGGAUCUGCCCUGGUGGUUCCUGAAGGCUCCGUGUGCCUGGGAAGCUCAGGAGGGAUGGUCUGCCUGGGGUCGGAGGGGUCUGUGUUGUCCUGGCUGUCUGUCUGUCUGUCUGUCUGUCUCCCAGUGGUUCCCACUGCUGAGAGUGAAUGCCCAGGGACUGCUGGUGCAUCCUUUCCUCGGGCACAAUCCAACACUCCUCCAGUUAAAAAUAAAUGCAUGGUUUUUUGGGAUAAACUGUUGGAGAUGCUUGUUCUCCACUGAGCAUCCUUCUCGCCCAGGGAAGCUGGACCAGGCAGUGGGCGGCUCUGUGUCCCAUGGACACGUGGGAUGGGAUGGUGGGAGCACAGGAGAGGUGUCCUUGCCUUGUGUCACACUUUUCCCCAAUCCAGGGGUUACCAUGGAAACAUAAAAGUACUAAGAGCUGUUGCUGCAUGGCCUGCUGGUCCAUGAUGCUUUCCUGGGAUGGCAGUGGGUGCCUGGGAUCACCAUCCAUCCAUGUCAGGAUGGGCUGGGGGGAUUUAUAAGCACCCCCCACCUUUGAGUUUGUUCCAUGGUUUUAAAUUCCCUUUUUAUUUUGCUUGGGAGCAGCUUGGCCAGUGCCUGCUACCACUCUGUGGAUUGGCAUGACUUAAAUCUGGAAAUGCUGGAGCUGUUGAGGUUGAGGGAUGGAAGGAUGAAAGGAUGGAUGGAUGGAUGGAUGGAUGGAUGGAAAUACAGGGAUGAGCUCCUCUGAGGUCCUCCCCCAGCAGGAGGGUCAGCCCCUCGGGGUGUUGCUGGCAUCUCCCAGGGGACAUGGUAAAAAAUUGCCAGGCAAAAUCCCUCUUUUAGGUCAGAGGGAGACAGGGAAACUCCAUGAGGUUUGAGCUGCCUCUGCAGCAUCUCCCAGGAUGGGGCUUUCCUGGAACACAGGGUGGGGAAGGGGGGAAGGGCAAUGAGGCUUUUGAGUCCUUUGUGCAGCGAUAAUCCCCAGCCCAGGAGCUGUGGGGGUGCCGACAUCAAAGAGGGGCUUUUCCAGUUGCUUCUCCCAGGUGUGGGGAGCUGAAUCCAGCCGGGACUUUCCCCUCAGCUCUGGGGCUUGGUGGGGCAGGCGAUGCCCUGGACCGACCCCGGGGGAGCCGUGGGGGAUCCCACCCGUGAGAGGGACGAGCACGGAGUCCCUCCCUGCUGGAUUGGGAUGCUGUGGUGGGAGAUCUAGGGAGGAUGUUGUGAUGAGAGGUCUCUGUUGGGGGACUUGGCAGAUGCUGGGGGGGCUCUGAGGGCCCUGUGAUGGGACAAGGAUGGUGCAGGGGGUCUGAGGAUGCUGUGAUGGGACAGGGAUGCUGUGAUGGGACCAGGGAUAUUGCAGGACUGGGAUUUCUGCAAGAGGGCUCUGAGGAUGCUGUAAGACCAGGGUUGCCAUGGGGAGCUCUGAGGAUGCUGAGAUGGGACAGGGAUAGCAGGAGUGGGAAUGCUGGGGGGACCAGCAGGACUCUUUGGCAUCACUGCGCCCCGCAGCCCUACGAGGAGCCAGAGCACCAGCUCAGGGUGUUCAGACCUUCCCCCUGUUGGCAGCUGCUCUGAUUUGGGCUGUGGAUCAGGUAGGGCUGAGCUUGAACUCAUUCCAGAGGCACCACAGGCGUGGGGGCAGCUGGGUGUGCUCUGUUUUGCUCCGCAUUCCCUGAACGCUUCACCAAACAGUGCUCCUUCUCCCCAGGGAUUAUUAACCGUGUUUGCCUUAGAUAAAUUUUGCAUCGGCCCAGCUUGUGCGUACAAGCCUGGGAAAAGAUCAUAAAGCCUUCAAAAAAAACAAACCAAAAAGUAAAAAAAAAAAAAAAAAAGCUGGUAUGUAAAAGCAAACACUGCGGGGAGGGCGGAUUUUCCCAGUGGGAGGGGUGAAGCAGGCUCGGUGGGGUGUUUUGGCACCCGAGGAGGGAGCUGGGGGGUGAAUUUGGUGCUAAAUUUGGGUCCUGAUGCCCAGCAGCAUCCCAGCCCUGGGUGAAGAGGGGUGCUCAGGCCCCCCAGGAGCAUCCCCAGCCUCCAGCUGUGGUAGUGGAUUUCCGCUCGGGGCUUUCAUCGCCAGUUUUGCGUAGAACAAAAAACCCCAGGAAGCACAAGCUGCUUUUCACUUUCCCCUAAUUUUAUUUUUCCCAAGCAAUUGUAACGUGUAAAGGGAUGAGACCCCUCAGCAUCCUCCUCCCUAUGUGCUCCUUGAAGAUCCAGUGGUGGGUUUCAUCUUUCCAGGCAGGAGGGGCUUGUUGAGCCAGAAGUACGGAUGCAGGAUGAGAGCUGGGCUGUGAAUUGGGGAUGGGGGGGUUUUGCUUCCCCGUUCUGGGGCCCCCAAGUUAUGGUGGAGCACGAUUAUCCAUGUUUUAUGAAGGAGGAACAUUUCAGGGGAGACAGGUGCUUUCCCAGGGGACCACCUCGGCAGUCCCUGUUUCUGUCCUCAUCCCUCUUCUGUCAAAUGGACAGUUUUCUUUGCCUGAUGUCCCAUCCCACUGCUUCUAGCACGGUUUAAUUGCCCUUAAUUCCAUUUUAAUUGCCCUUCCUGCCCUUUUUAAUUAAUUGCUCUCCUGCCCUUUUAACUUCAGGAGCCUGUGACAAGGAAGGGAAGAGCCUGACUCUUGUGGGAUUCUCUUGGGUCUCGUUUCUUCUAAUUCUGGAUAUUUUUGCCCCCAGAGCUGCUACUCUUGACUCGCUCUUGGCUGGGUGAGGCCGUGGCCCUGCCGGGCAGGUGGCAGGUGCCAGGUUCAUUAGUGGUGCUUCGUUAGGCAGGCAGGGGUGUGAGAGGGGCGCAGGGAGGGGUGUGAGGUGGGUGCCCCCCCUCCCCAGGUGACUAAUCCCUGGAGACUUUGAUGGAGAGACACUGAUUGCCAGCCCGGGUGUGCUCCUUCACCCUCGGCUGGCAUUUAACGCUCCUUCCUCUCCCACCCCGAGACAGCUCCUGGGAGCGGGGAGGAGCUCAGUUACGGGGUGGCCAAGCCAAGCCCAUCUCUGAGCCGGGCUUAGAGCAGGAGUCGCUCCUGGGAGCAAAGCCUCCCAUGCACCCCAAAGCUUCUCCCAGCCGGUAAGUUCAUUUUCCAUCCUUGCCGUGUGCUGGCGGGAUGGGCUGGGCCGAUCCCGGGAUUCUCUGCUCCUCAUUCCAGGAGCGGGAGGUUUCGGAGGAGGACGAAAGUCGCGCCACUUCCCCCGCCGGUGUUUGCGUGGGGACUGAGCUCGGGGCACCCCCUGCCCUGGGCCGGGAUGGAGGAACCGAAGGCGUUGGAGCGUCGUGGAGUUCGUGAUGCUCUUUGGUUUGACCCCCUCGGCUGCUCCUGCCCUUCCUGCCUGGCUCGGUGGCGGCGGUGGCACGUUGGGCUUUGUGGCUGCUGGUGCCAGGUGGAGGCUUCAGCUGGGCUUAAAAUCACCACCCGUGGGACUUUGUGGUUGAAAUCCCGCUGAGGGCUCUUUUUCUCUUUAAUUCCUUUUUUUUUCUUUGUCCUUUAACCUGUAGGGCUGAAGCUCCUCAGGAAGCUUGGGGGCUUGCCUGGCUUUGAUAAACUCUACAAACCAACCCUUUGGCAGCACAGAAAUGUGGAUUUAAAUAAGUGACCAGCCACGAUGAGAGCUCCGGCCCUCGCCUGAUCCCUUUCCUGCUCAUAAAAAUGAUCAACAAGUCUCGAGGGAAGAUACUCGGGGUGCUGGCGCUGUUUCUGGUGAUGGUUUGGUACUCAAUCUACCGGGAAGACAGGUACACACAGUUCUUUUAUUUCCCCGUCCAAGAAAACAAGACGACGUGUCCCCUUGGGGAGGUGGAAAAGAAAGCGGCGCAGUUCAUCGGGAACUACACGAGGGAGCACCCGCUCUUCUUGCAGCUGAAGGACUAUUUUUGGGUGAAGACGCCAUCGCUCUACGAGCUGCCCUACGGCACCAAGGGAAGUGAAGAUGUCCUCCUGCGCUUGCUGUCCAUCACCCACUACUCCCUGCCCGAGAGCAUCCAGAGCCUGAAGUGCCGGAGGUGUGCGGUGGUGGGCAACGGCCACCGGCUCCGCAACAGCUCCAUGGGCGACACCAUCAACACCUACGACGUCGUGAUCAGGCUGAACAACGCCCCGGUCCAUGGUUAUGAGCAGGACGUGGGCUCCAAGACCACCAUGCGCCUCUUCUACCCGGAGUCAGCUCACUUCGACCCCCAGACGGAGAACAACCCCGACACGCUGCUGGUGCUGGUGCCCUUCAAGCCCAUGGACUUCCAGUGGAUGGAGGCCAUCCUCAAUGACAAGAAGAGGGUUCGGAAAGGGUUUUGGAAGCAGCCCCCGUUGAUCUGGGAUGCCAACCCGGAGCAAGUGCGCAUCCUCAACCCUUACUACAUGGAAGUAACUGCUGCUAAAGUGCUCAACCUCCCCAUGAAGCAACCACGGAAGGUCAAACAGAAGCCCACCACGGGGCUCCUGGCCAUCACCCUGGCGCUGCACUUCUGUGACCUGGUGCACAUCGCGGGCUUCGGCUACCCCGACUCGGGCAACAAGAAGCAAACCAUCCACUACUACGAACAGGUCACGCUCAAGUCCAUGGCCGCGUCGGAGCACAACGUGUCGCACGAGGCCGUGGCCAUCAAGCGGAUGCUGGAGCUGGGACUGGUCAGGAACCUCACCUACUUCUGAGGGCGGCAGGGACGUCAUCCCCUGCUGCGAGGGGACACAGCGCCUGCCGUGAGGGGACACGGUGAGGGCAGAGCGUCCUGGUCACUGAGGGCAGAGCGUCCUGGUCACCGCCGUCACCGCGCCCUGGGAUGGCCGGAGCCGGCAGGGCCGGGGGCCGCGCUGGGCCGCGGGUCCCCGGGGCAGGGGCAGCUCUGGGGGGGCGCAGGGAGCCCCCAGCACCUUUUCUACCAACGCACUGAAGCUACCAAGGACUUGGAGGGGACUUUAGGGGAGGGGGGUCCUCCCUCCCAGCGGGCCUGUGGGGGCGAGGCGGGGCAGGAGCCCUUGCCUUGGACUUUCUCUUUCCCUUAAUUCCCUCAUCACUCGGACGAGGGCCCUGCCAAGGGGCUGAUCUUGGGGAUCCUGGGACCCUCCCGUAGGGAAUGGGAGCCUUUGGGGCCCAUGCUGCCUCCUCCCUCCCCUGGACCCCCUCCCAGAUAUUUAAUUCCCCCUCCCUUUUUUUUUUAUUUCCUUUUUACUCGGCAGCCCUGUCCUGUGCCUUAGCGCUGGCGCGGGGGCUUGUCCCCGCAGCCCCCCCGGGUGGGGGCACCCAGGGGUGCUUGGCCUCAGGGUCUGCCGGGGCCCUUUGGGGGUGCAGAUUAAUUUAAUUAAUUUAAAUGUUUAUUUAUGGUGGAGCCUUCACCUGGGGCCUGCGUGCCACUGGUGUCAGGGACAAGGGGCCUUGGGUGGGGGGCUGGCGGGGUGCUCGGCUCCAGGAGGUGAAUGUUGGGGGUGUCCAACGUCCCCCUAUGGAAGGGUCAUCCGGUGCCUUCUCCCUGCUGCUGUAGGGCCCCCUGUGGGGCCGUGGGUGUCAGGGGAACCAAUGGAUGGGGGUGUUGAGGCUCAUGCUGGCACCCAAUAAAGGUCCUGCUGAGGCUGG